UUGAAGUGUGUAGGUUCCCUCGUUCGUCGUCUUCGGCCUUUUUCUGACGAGAUUCGCUUCUCCGAGAGAGAGAGAGAGAGAGAGAGAGAGAGAUGAGCACGAGAGUGCUUAGUUUUCUGAAUCAAUGGCGUGGAACAGCGAAGGAAGCGUUCGAGAAUGUAUCAACCGUAGCCAAGUUUCUCUGCUUGCUUCAUGUCACCGAUCGUUACAUAAUCUCCUCGACCCACGUCUGUUCAAGGUCCAAGUAUGCUUCCAACGCUUAAUCUCACCGGCGAUGUAAUUUUGGCGGAACAUUUAUCACACCGGUUCGGUAAGAUUGGGCUCGGUGAUGUUGUAUUGGUUCGAUCUCCGAGAGACCCAAAGAGGAUGGUGACAAAACGAAUCCUGGGUUUAGAAGGCGACAGACUCACUUUCUCUGCUGACCCAUUGGUUGGUGAUAGCUCAGUCAGCGUUGUGAUUCCAAAAGGUCAUGUUUGGAUUCAGGGAGAUAACUUGUAUGCUUCAACUGAUUCACGCCAUUUUGGACCUAUACCUUACAGUCUCAUCGAAGGAAAAGCUCUUCUGCGGGUCUGGCCACCGGAAUACUUUGGGUCAUUGAGAUGACGAUCAUAUACAUAGACAUCGAGGUUGUCUCCGUGCGGUAUCGGUUUCUUCCGCAAAAAUGACGCGUCAAAAGAAGGAUUACCCGAGCGGUUUUAUUGUUUCUUGGAUACACAUUUAUUUUCUCUCUGUAUUUGAUCUUUACUUAUUUUGAAAACGAUGAUCCGGAGAUAAUACAGUGACUAACAAGUGUUUUGAGAGAUAGCUUAAAGGGCUGAGAUUGUAGUACCUAGCUAGUAAUAGUAUAUUUAACUUAAGACAGAGAGGCCGAGUGUAGAGCUUGUUCUGAUAUUUACAAGUUGAUGCUACG